AUGUUGGAGGCUGCAGCCAAACAGAGCCGUGUUUCUGAUGAAGCUCAGCAUUUUGCAGCCAAUCCGGAUAAAAACCUGGAGGCCAGAGAAAGCUGCAAACUGUCUGAACCUGAGAGCGAGAGGCUGGAGGAGGCUCUGGAAGAGGCUGUGAGGGUGGUGUCGUCUUUGCUUUCAGAUGUUGUCGAACUAAACAUCCAUCAUGUUUCUACCUUCCCUCUGCAUGAUCAGAUCCCAGAAGAGCAUCUGUCUGGAUGCUACGUUUACCCAGAGGCCGACUCUUCGCGCAGGACCGUCAUCAAAUCAGAAGGAGCCGGACUCCCUGACACCGACUUCCUGCUUUACAUCCAUGUUCAAGCCACUGACAAAUGUAGAGCAGAGCCUGGCGUCCUCGCCUACGCCGUCCACUGCCAGACGGACGCCGGGGGACGUCCUGUGGCCGGUGUGGUGGUCCUGUGCAGGGACAGGCUGAGCGGCGCUUCCUGCAGCCACCAGGCUACAGUUCAGACUCUGAUCCAUGAGAUGUUUCAUACACUCGGCUUCUCCAAAGAUCUCUUCAGCUCCUGGCAAGACUGUUCACCAGAUCAAGGAGCUUCAUGUUCUCCUCGCAACAAAGUGAUUCACUCAGACGGAUCAGGACAGACGAGGAUUUACACGCCGGCCAUCGUCUCAGCCCUGCAGAGACAUCUGAUGUCCUCUGACCCUGAGCUGGGCGGGCCGCUGGAGAACCUGGUGCUGAGAAGGUCAAAGGACGAAUCUGCAGGCAAAGUUUCCUCCCACUGGGAGUCCCGGGUCCUGCAGGGAUCCAUCAUGGCGGCGGCGCUGGGAAACCCGACCACAGUCCGCAUCGACCCGGUCACGUUGGCGGCGCUGCAGGACACGGGCUGGUACUCUGUGAACCUGAGCCGGGCUCAGAGUCUGGUCUGGGGAGACGGUGAAGGAGCCAAAUUUGGUUCUGUGUCCAUCUGCAAGGACGACUCCUCAACCUUUUUCUGCUCUGGAAGUGGAGUUGGAUGUCACUUCCUUCACCUCCACAAAGGGAAAUGUCAGACCGAUCCGUACCUGGAAGGUUGUCGGGUCUAUAAGCCGCUGGAGACUGGAAGUGAAUGCUGGAAGAAAGAAAACGCAAGAUGGUCUGCAGAAAACUGGAGCGGAGAGAUGUUUGGCUCUGACAGCCGCUGCUUCUUCUCCAGCCUCACCAGACAGGGAGGCGACGUUUGGACCAGCAGCUCUGUUGAGGGUCGCUGCUACAGACACAGAUGUUCUGGACCCAACAGGUACCAGAUCCAGGUGUCUGGCUCUGAAUGGGUGGACUGCCCAGCAGGGGGCGCCAUUCAGGUUAAAGGACACAGAGGCGAAGUGUUUUGUCCUGACAGACGGUUGUGUCUCUACCCUGAUGUUUCUCCUCCUAUAGACAGAAACUCGUCCUCUGGUUUCACCACAUGGUCAACUGCACCGGCCAUAUGGCUCUGCUUCGGUGCUGCUGUGUGCGUCUUGGUCGCUCUGCUGGUUUCGUACUGGAAGUGUCGGACCUGCGUGUUCAGGAGCGGCUCUGUGGCUCCGGAGGAUCACAGCCAGCUGUAG